AUGUCGGACCAACUAGGCGCAGCUGACAAAGCCCGCCCCAAACCGCCCAGCCUUCUGGCCUGCAUCCCGUGCCGUCGCUCACAUCUCAAGUGCGACGGCGUCAAACCACUGUGCAGCCGCUGCGCCGACAAGCGCAUCGACUGUGUAUGGAUCGAAUCUCGCAGAGGAUACCGCGACUAUCGCAAAGGCGGAAAUGCCGCCGCUACGGGCAACACGCAGAAGCCGAAACGUCGAGACUCGGGCUACUUCUACGGUCCCCGACCUCAGCAUGAGCCAGUCCCCGAGGCCUAUGUGCUGGACGCCAGCCUCACCGCCGCUCAUGCCUUCACCUAUGACGAAAUCUUCAACGUCCCCUUCCCCGGCGCUGAGAUGCCCGCCUUGUAUGGAGACGCCCAUGCCGCAUACCACACGUCGCUGCCACCCGUUGCCGAGUUGACGCCGACAUCGUCCGCCACCAAAGACCUGCCGACGCCCGUCAGUGCUCGAGAGAUGCAGUUGGCUCGGUCAGAUACUCACGGGUCCCACGAGAAGGAGCCCUCGGACUUGAUCGACCUCUUCUACAAGUACUUCUUUGGCUCCCACCCCUUCGUCGUCCCACAGAAGCUGUACCGGCAGCGGCCCGACACCAUCCCAGAGGGGCUGAAGGCAUGCAUGAGAUUCAUCGCUGCCCAUUACGUCCCGAAUCACAACCUACUGGCUCUGCAGAAGGCAACGGCCGUCAUCUUCACCGACCAGAUGCCUGACGACGUCUACAAGAUCCAAGCCCUGAUGCUCUACAUGUGCGCUGCCUUUGCCCGCUACGAGCAAAUGCAAGGUGGCGUCGCACUCGAAAACGCCAUUCGCAUCGCCAUGCAGAUCGGAUUGAACAAGCACGCCUUUGCCGCAACCGUCGAGCCACACAACGCCGUCAUGCAGGAAUCCAUUCGCCGCACGUGGUGGACGCUGUUCAUCAUGGAGGGCCUCAUCACCGCCAUCGGAGGCCAGAUGAGUCCCUUCCGCCUCCACCGCCUGUACUGCGACGUCCCACUCCCGGGCGACGACGCAGCCUACAUGGCCCUCAAAUCCUCCAUGGCCCCCCGAUCUCUCGCCGACUUCCGCAACCGCACCUUCGCCGAAGACAACUACGCCUACUCGUCCUUUGCCUACGCCAUCGAAGCCAUGUACAUCAUGGGCGCCGUCUUCGAGCUGGGGCCCGACACCUUCGCCAUCACCGACCACCAGGUCGAAGCCAUCGACGCCUCAAUCAGCAACUUCACCCUCUCGCUCCCACAAGACAAGCGCGACGUGAUCCCAGACCCCGACGGCUUCGUCGACGAAACCCUACUCAUGGCGCACAUGCUCAUCAACUGGGCCGCCAUCCUCGUGCACCGGCCCCGCAGCACCCUGACCUUCAUCCGCAACCACUACGCCACCAUCUGCACGCGCGUCGAAGCCGCGGGGCUCCCCGCGCUAGCGUACGCCAGCCACACCUCCAAAACCCUCCGCGCCGCCAACACCAUCAUCAAUCUGGCCACCGUCCAGCGGCCCAUCACCUACUGCACCCCCAGCAUGGUCUGCGGCAUCACCACCGCCGCCACCGUGCACUUACCCGCCUACGCCAUCGCCGACACACCGGGCCACGCCACCGCCAUCAAAGAACGUCUGCAGCUGGGCAUCAGCGCCCUGGGCCGCUUCGCCGAGAUCUGGCCCCGCGCCAGCAUCGCCAAGAGCCAGGUCGCCAGUUUCGCGCGAGAGGUCCUCACCAGGCCGAGCGUGUGUGUUGAUAGCACGGCGCCGAGUCUGCCGUGCGCGACGCCGUUGGGGGUGGUUGCGGGGCGUGAGAGUCAUGGUGUUGGUGGUGGUGGUGCUGACGCUGCUGCUGCUGGCGCGAGUGGCGGCGCGAGUGCUGGUGGAGGCGGUAUGUUGUUGGGCGCGCCCGUCAACACGGGUCUGGGUCUGCCGGCGUUGGAGUAUGUGGGCGAGACGGUCGCGGCGGAUGGCAUGGUGGAUCCGCCCGUUAUGGAGUCGUCGGCUUCUGAGGAGGAGGAAGGGGAAGGGGCGGCGGCGGAUGAGGAGGAGGAAGAGGGGUGGGUCUUGGAUGAGCUGGAGGGGAUGCCGGCGCAAAGUCUUCCUUGA